GUCGCCGCCGCCGCCGCAGCCGCCGCAGCCAUGUCCCGGGAGCCGCGGGCCGUGCGGGAGGAGAUCGCGGGCAGCCAGGUGAUGUGGGAGCCGGACAGCAAGAAGGACUCGCAGAUGGACCGCUUCCGGGCGGCCGUGCGCGCCGCCUGCGGCCUGGAGCUGGAGAACUACAAUGACCUGUACCACUGGUCGGUGGCCUCCUACGCCGACUUCUGGGCCGAGUUCUGGAAGUUCAGUGGCAUCGUGUACUCACGCACCUACGACCAGGUGGUGGACCCCUCCAAGGGCAUCGCAGACGUCCCCGAGUGGUUCCUAGGCAGCCGCCUCAACUAUGCCGAGAAUCUCCUGCGGCACAAGGACAACGACAAGGUGGCCCUCUACGUUGCCCGGGAGGGCAAGGAGGAGAUCGAGAAGGUGACGUUCCAGGAGCUUCGGCGGCAGGUGGCUCUGUUUGCAGCGGCCAUGAGGAAGAUGGGGGUGAAGAAAGGGGACCGGGUGGUCGGUUAUCUGCCCAACAGCGCGCACGCCGUGGAGGCCAUGCUGGCCGCAGCGAGCAUUGGGGCCAUCUGGAGCUCCACGUCCCCCGACUUCGGAGUGAAUGGCGUCCUGGACCGGUUCUCGCAGAUCCAGCCCAAGCUUAUCUUCUCCGUGGAAGCCGUCGUGUACAAUGGCCGCGAGCACAGCCACCUGGACAAGCUGCAGCGGGUGGUCAAAGGUCUUCCAGACUUGAAGAAGGUGGUGGUCAUCCCCUACGUCAGCCCCCGGGAGAAGAUCGACAUCUCCAGCAUCCCCAGUAGCGUCUUCCUGGACGAGUUCCUGGCCACCAGGGCGGGCGAGCAGAGCCCGCAGCUGGAGUUCGAGCAGUUGCCCUUCAGCCACCCGCUCUUCAUCAUGUUCUCAUCGGGCACGACGGGCGCGCCCAAGUGCAUGGUGCACUCGGCGGGGGGCACCCUGAUCCAGCACCUGAAGGAGCAUGUCCUGCAUGGGAACAUGGGCAGCGGGGACAUUCUGCUCUACUACACCACGGUGGGCUGGAUGAUGUGGAACUGGAUGGUGUCGGCACUCGCCACCGGUGCCGCCCUGGUACUGUAUGAUGGCUCCCCGCUGGUGCCCACGCCCAACGUGCUGUGGGACCUGGUGGACAGGAUAGGCAUCACCAUCCUCGGGACGGGUGCCAAGUGGCUGUCGGUGCUGGAGGAGAAGGACCUGAAGCCCAUGGAGACGCACAGCCUGCAGACGCUCCACACCAUCCUGUCCACGGGCUCCCCGCUGAAGGCCCAGAGCUACGAGUACGUGUACAGGUGCAUCAAGAGCAGUGUGCUGCUGGCCUCCAUCUCAGGCGGCACCGACAUCAUCUCCUGCUUCAUGGGCCAAAACACGUCCGUCCCCGUGUACAAGGGCGAGAUCCAGGCCCGGAACCUGGGCAUGGCCGUGGAGGCCUGGGACGAGGAUGGGAAGGCGGUGUGGGGCGAGAGUGGGGAGCUGGUGUGCACCAAGCCGUUGCCCUGCCAGCCCACCCACUUCUGGAACGAUGAGAACGGCAGCAAGUACCGGAAGGCCUACUUCUCCAGGUUCCCAGGUGUGUGGGCGCACGGCGACUACUGCAGGAUCAACCCCCAGACUGGGGGCAUUGUCAUGCUGGGCCGGAGUGACGGCACCCUGAACCCCAACGGCGUGCGCUUCGGUAGCUCGGAGAUCUACAAUAUCGUGGAAGCCUUCGAGGAGGUGAUGGACAGCCUGUGUGUCCCCCAGUACAACAAGGAUGGCGAGGAGAGGGUGGUCCUCUUCCUGAAGAUGGCUGCAGGCCACUCCUUCCGGCCUGAGCUGGUGAAGCGCAUCCGGGAUGCCAUUCGUGUGGGCCUGUCCGCGCGCCACGUGCCUGGCCUCAUCCUGGAGACCCAGGGCAUCCCGUACACCCUCAACGGCAAGAAGGUGGAGGUGGCGGUGAAGCGUGUCCUUGCGGGCAAGGCCGUGGAGCAGCGCGGCGCCUUCUCCAACCCUGAGAGCCUCGACCUGUACCGGGACAUCCCCGAGCUGCGUGACUUCUGAGCCGCCAAGCACCAAGCACCUGU